AUGUGUGCGUUCUAUCUAGGUGCUGGGCAUAAUCCAAAUCGAUACACGGGCAAUAUAGAUGUUGCGAUAAUCGAUUUCGAUGGUGAACAAGCUGGUAAGUGCUUUCUCGAUGCUUUUCGAACUACAUCACCUGGAAAUCGGACUCUUCACUGGCGAUACAAGUAUCCGGAUGAGUAUGGCAAUAGUGUGAAUACGACUCAACAAUCUGUCAAUGAUGGAGAAGUGUGGGCCGUCGUAGUACUUCAACCAAAUACCACAUCAACUAUUAAUAAGUCUUUAUCUGCUCUGAUCAAUUCUACAACAUUGGUGACCUAUCCACUUGUUAACACAUUUCCUGUGCUUGUUAUCUAUGAUGAAGGACGAAAUCCAUUUACUCAAAAUAUUUUUGUAUUACCACCUAUUCGUGCAGCUAUUGCAACAGCCAACAAUCUGUAUAGUCAAACACUUCGUACAACAAUCAUUUCCAACUUAUCCUCCACAUCUAGCUCAAGUACUAAUCGAACAUUGCAAUUACAAAACACGUUACGUCUUCGAUCUCUCCUUGUCAAUCCACUCGCUAUAGAAUAUAAUAACCUUCAUCGGGCUCUUCCUUACGUAGGUCAAUUUGCUACAACUAUUGGCUACAUUUAUUUAUUUUUGGUUACGACAAUUAUGGUUGGGUCAACCAUUGGUAUCUUAAUGCCAUUCAUUGGUAAAAUUCAUUAUGUCGAUCUGAUCUUGUGUCACGUCUUGAAUAAGAUAUUUCAAUCGUUGAUGAUUUCUUUGAUCUAUUCUCUUAUUGUUCUUUGGCUAUUUCAUAUCACAUCGGCUCGUCAAUUUAUGCAAUAUUGGAUGUUCAAUUGGUUGAGUACAACGUUGUUGAGUAUUAUAGUAUCUUUUUUUCUAACCAAUUUUGGUGCAUUUGCCAAUAUUUUUCUUGUCAUUUGUGUUGUUAUUAUGGUUUCUGGUGCUACCAUCCAGAUAUCGCUUGAACUUUCAUCAUGUUUCUUUCGUUAUGGCUAUGGAAUACCUUUAUAUCAUGUAAUUAAUGGUGGUCGACAUCUUUUGUUUGGUUCAUAUUCACGUUUCGGCAUUAAUGUUGGAGUUUUAGUUAUUUAUCUUGGUAUGAUGAUCAUAUUUACCGUUUUGACUAUUAUCUUCUGGACUAAAAAACAUCAACAAGAAAUUCGAAAGAAAGAAAAUGAAACAAACAUGAACAAUACUAUAACUGACGAUAUUAUAACUAUUCGCUUGUGA